GUACGCGGAUGAUGAUGAUGAUCGGGUUAUGUUAAUUACAUAAGCAAAACGUAAAUGAUUCGCGGGAAAAGGUGAAAAAAUGGCGGCGUGCACUGACUGCAUUUCUUGUCUUCUUGUGCUGUAAAAACACCAGAAACUCCCUCACACAUCGCGAAUGGGAUAUCGGGCUGCCAGAGGAGGAAUAUCUACACUUUUUGGCGCGUUUUACCCGCGGGAUUGGAGAGAAAUCAAAGCGGUAAUCUCAGCGCGAGAUGUGUUUGAAUGUGACCCGAUUCGAAACCUGCAGCAUUGUAGAAGUGUAGGUGUGUCUACAGUCAGCAUGUUGGAAUCGGCCUGUCGGGACGGAUAUCUGACAGUCGGGUCGGACCCUCUAGAACCCAAGCACCUGCUUCCCAAGAGAGAGAAAACCUGUAGUGACCAGGAGACCAACUUGACCGUGGGCCAGUACGUUCUGUGCCGCUGGUCUGACGGCCUUUACUACCUGGGCAAAAUCCAGAGGGUGAGCACCUCAAAACAGAGUUGCUUUGUGACGUUUGAAGACAACUCCAAGUUCUGGGUGCUUUGGAAAGAUAUACAGCAUGCUGGUGUCCCUGGGGAAGAACCAAAAUGCUCAGUGUGUUCUGACAUGUCUCUAGUUCCCGGUAAUGAAAUUCUUAUCUGCGGGAAGUGUGGAAUAGGCUAUCACCAGCUCUGCCACUUACCCCCAGUGGAGAGCUCAGCUGACCUGCCCCCAUGGUUCUGCAGGAAGUGCAUUUUUGCCUUAGCUGUGAGAAAAGGGGGAGCUCUGAAAAAAGGGCCAAUCGCCAAAGCGCUGCAGGCCAUGAAGCAGGUGCUGACCUAUAAUCCAGAAGAGCUGGAGUGGGACUCUUUGCACCGUACGAACCAUCAGCAGUGCUACUGCUACUGCGGAGGACCCGGAGAGUGGUAUCUGAAAAUGCUGCAAUGUUUUCGCUGCGAGCAGUGGUUUCAUGAGGCGUGUACGCAAUGCCUACAGGAGUCCAUGAUGUUUGGAGAUAGGUUUUACUUGUUCAUUUGUGCGGUGUGCAAUAAAGGAGUGGAAUACAUCAAGCGUCUGGCUCUCAGAUGGGUUGAUGUGGUCCAUCUUGCCCUGUACAACCUGGGAGUCCAAAGUAAGAAAAAAUACUUUGAACUGGAAGAGAUCCUUACCUUCAUCGGCAGCAACUGGGAUAAUUUCCAGAUGGGCAAGCUCUGCAAUACCCCUGUGUCUGAACGACACCAUGUUAUUCUUGACGCCCUCAACAACUAUAAAAGCAAGUUUCUCUGUGGGAAGGAGAUCAAGAAGAGGAAAUGCAUUUUCCGACUAAGGACAAGGGUCCCUCCUAACCCCCCAUCUAAGUUGUUCCCAGAGAAGGCCCAGAAUAGUGAGGGCCACAGGGGCCACAAAAAGGGGGCCAGCAGAAGCAGUAACUCUGUUCCUGCAGAGAAGCGGAGAAAGAAGAGGUCCAAGUGGCUGCUGGAGGAUGCAAUUCCUAAUAAUGACCUCACCUCUGCCUGGAGCACCAAUCAUCACAUGGCCAACAUCUUCGACUUCACGCUGGAUGAGCUGCAGAGUUUAAAGAGCACCAGCUCAGGACAGACAUUCAGUUUGGACCAGGACUCCACCGACGCAGCCAGUACUUCUGGUUCUGCCACCACCAGCGUCUCCUAUGAUUUCAGCUUUAUUUUCAUUGUGGAGCGUUAUUGACACCGUCGAGCAGCACAUCUCUUCGUUGAGUCACCACUUCUUCUGAAGCUCUUCAAGUUCCUGGUAGAGAUGCCUCAUGUCCCGCAGGCCAGAUACUUGUACAGUUAGUAAUCCCUUAUACUUGUCCUGCAUUUUUUUUUUUUGUUUUGUCACCAGCUGUGCAAGGCCUGGAGAAAUCGCAACCAAAGAAAGCAAAGGCCUGUGCGCAGAACAUGAGUUUGGAUGGAUGGAUGGAUGGAUGGUUUGGAGACUGCCAAAUGGCCCCACUCACUGUUUGAUAUCUUUCCCAUAGUUUGUCUUAUUUUAGGAUAUGAAUGCUCAUUAGUAUUCUUGCAGUGGUCCUUAGGGUGUUUGGAAAGAGGCGGAGAGAGAGGGUGGAGGAAAAUAAACACGACUUGGAUUUUCUCAACUGGAAAAGUUGUGAGGGUCGACAGAUCCCUGUCCCCUACUGUGCAUCCUCGUUGUGGGCUAGAUCAAACACUUCACAAACACAUAUCUGCUUUCCGUGCUUGGCUUUCAUGUACUAAUACUGUUUGGCUCUACAUCCCAGUUUAGCAGCUGUAAUGAUUUUGAAAUGGAGGUUCUCAGCGUUGGAUUUUGAUAUCUUGCUGUGAUUUCCCAUGUUACACAUGCCCUUGGGCAGAAAUGUGUGGUCAUUAUGGAGCUUAUGCAGAUUGGAAACUCCCCAGAAGAUUUGCAGAAUGAAAAAAAAAAAAUACCUAAAAGUCCAGAUCUGCUGUAUGACCUUUAAAAUGCCAUAACGCCCACAGAGGCAAGUGAAUGGGGAUGGCGAACGGCUAGGAAAUAAAAUUCAGUGUUAAACAGGGACAUCUUGUGGUGGACAGUUUUAGGGCAUCUGUGCAACUGCACCUUUUUAUAUAAUAAUGUUUCUUUAAUAUUUAUUUGCUGGAUAAAACAUAGAAAAAUAUAUUUUUAAAAAAUAUUUUAUUCCAACAGAACAUGGAAUAGUGCAUUUUUUUGCCUGAAAUUAAAAACAAUAAAAUAGUAUAAAAUACAAAUAUUUUUAUUUUUGCUGUUUGUAAAAUGUAUACUAAGAGAGUUUGCUUUUGAGUUUGAAUUUGUUUGUGUGCUUAUAAUAUCCGGACAUUUGCCGAUAUGUGAUGUAUGCAAUACUGUAUCCCACAAUGCAAUGCUCUGUUAUCGUUACCUUCCAUUUCUAAUGUCAUAAAUUAUCCAGAAGUAUUUAUAUCUGUGGUUUUAUUUAUUUAUUUACAAUACCAUUCAAAAGUUUGAGGUUAGCAAGAUUUUUUUUUUUUAUGUUUUAGAAAGGGUUUUUUUUUUUUUUUUCAUUUAUUUGAUAAUAAAUAAUAUUGUGAAAUAUUAUUACAGUUUAAAUAAUAUUAUUUUAAUAUAUUUUAAAAUAUAAUUUAUUCCUGUGAAUUUUCAGCAUUAUUACUCCAGUCUUCUGUGUCACAUGAUCCUUUAAGAAACAUUUCUUGUUAUUGUCAAUGUUGAAAACAGAAUGCAGUCAAACCGAAAAUUAUUCAGACAUUUUUUUAUAUAUUUUAUACAUUUUGACCUGACCAUGUUUUGCUUAAGUGUUAUCUGACAUAAUUAAGAUUAAUGUUUUCUGACACAGUUUAACUCUGAGAUCUUGUCAUAUUUUAUUACCAUUUUUUUAAACUAUAGUGAAUAGACUGUAUUAAUAAAUGAAAUGUUCACUGUAUUUUUGUGGAGACAGUGAUGCAUUUUUUUCCACUAUAUUUUGAUGAAUAGAAAGUUAUCAAUUUCAUGUGUCCUUGCUGAAUAAAUGUACACAAAUAUAACUAAAUGAAAACAGGAAAGUACAGUAGCCAUGAUUAAUUAGAUUUUUCAUCUCAUGUGAGGAAAAUGUAUUUUUCUUGCCAAGAACAUCUAUAAUGAUAACUAUAUUUGCGUCCACAUCAACGAAUGAUAAGUCUGUUUAUUCAAAGCUCACACGCUGUGGUUUCAAAGUGUGUACAACAUGUUUUUGCUGUUCUUGUUGCAUUUACAUGGCUUUAACCAGCAGAUGUCCUCAGCGUGCUAUGUUUCAAGUGAAUCUAGCUAGUGUAAUCGAUCUAAUCUAACAGUGAAUUUAGCUGACGAAGUCAAUAUAGUGAAAUAAAAACAACGCCUAGAUUUUUUCACUGCAACUUCAAAGCAAGCAAGACAAUGUUGUCGAAACUAGUGCUGGAUACCCGAGGUAAUUUUAUGUUACACUGUUUGCUAGCCUGGGAUCUCAUCGUUAAUACUACUCUCCAUUUAUUCUGAGGGUAUGACGGAUUGUUUUCCAUAUAUCAAUUUUCUUUAAAGUAUCCUUGAAAAGGGGGGUUGACUUGUCAAACAGUGGUUUGAUGAACUUCUCCGCAAUGUCGUCUGCCAUUUUAAAAUGCAUGAGCCCUUAAAUUUGAAUGGAUUCUGAUUGGCUGUCAAUUUUUUAUCGUUCAACAGCUGGAAAAAAAACUUUCUGAAAGUGAUCCCAACGAUAUAAUUUCUCUAUAUCGUUAUCAGUAUAGUUGUAUAGAACUAUAUUAUUAUCUUUAUAGUUCUCAUUCUUGAUGUGAACGGACCUUUAUGCUUCUUAUG